AUGUAUACAAAUCUGCCACCAGGACGCUUGACUGAUUUGCGAGCUGCUGCUGUCAAUAAUGAAAUUUUUGCACGUGUUGCUGUUAAACAUAACCUGCAUGUGCACCUGAGACAUGGUUCAAGUGCACUUGAAAAACAGAUACGAGAUAUUCUUUUGAAAGAGAAUCAAGAAUUGCGAGCAAAGUAUGAUGAGCUGGAAAAGAACUAUAAACUUCAAAAUUAUGUUAAUGAGAAAUGUAAUGAAUCUUUGCAUCGAGCGUAUAACGAAAAGAUAGAAAGAAUUGUGAAGGAAUUUGAACAUAAGAUUGAAACGGUUGAAAACAAUCGGAGUUUGGAUCGGAAAAGUUAUAAUGAUGAAUUGGAAAAGUGGAUCUCGUCUAAUGCUGAUUUGUCAACUAAACUUGAAUUAGUUAAGACUGCACUAAUUGCUGAAAGACAUUCUCCAAGCAACAAUUCAGAUACAAAGGCCUUAACUGACAAGUUCCACAAGACUGAGAAUGAGCUGAAUGAGUUAAGGAGAUUAUUGACAUUAGAAAAGGAAAAGGUUUCACAAGUUGAAAAGGUCUUAAGUGAUGUAGGCAAGAGAUGGAAAUAG